UGUCUAUAGCGACAGCACUGUUUAUUUAUUCCUCACCGACUCGCAUCUGUUUCUGUCUGGAGAUGAUAUCAAUCGCAGAUAUGAUGCUAAUAACGAUCUUCUGAAGCGCCGGUGAUGUCGGAGAAGCGGCGCGCGGGUGUGCUGGUGUCCGGCUCGAGCUCCAGCAGCGGAUGUGAGGCGGAUCAGGAGUUCGUGUCGCGGUCCGGGGUGAGCGCGCUGCUGGCCGGCGCGCUGCUCCGUCUGCUGGACUGCCGCUCCGGUGACCCGCUCGGGUUUCUGGCCGAACAUUUCGCGCAUCUGUCGGCGGAGGCGGAGGACGGAGGAGCCGAGCAGCGGAGCCUGAGCAGAGCACUGUGGAUGCUGAGUCUGCAGCAUCACUCGCAGAGAUCAGCGUUCAACAGCAGCGUGCGCGUGUCGUAUGAUCUGCUGUCUCAGUGCGGUGCGGGUGUGGGUGGCGUCGGUGGGCGGCUCUACACGGAGACGCUGCAGAGUCUGUGCAGUGAAGGUGGACUGUCGGCCUCCACCGCAGCACCGCUGCUGCGCCGCUUACAGUGCCGUGAACACGAGACCGUGCCCUUUGAGCUGUACCGGCAGGCCGUGCUCACCUGUGCAGUGUUCGCAGACUACAUCCGCAAAUCCCAGUGUCUGUACGCAGCAGUGGCGAGCGCUCCGGACCGGCCGGCGCAGAGGACACUGUGCUGUGCGGUGCUGGAGACCCUGAGGGAGGCGCUAGAGACCGCAGACGGGCCUGACACCGCCCGAUACCUGGAGGCCAGUGCGAAGAUAUCUCCGGCUAAAGUGGCGCAGGCGAUGGCGGAGGCUCAUUCGCAGACGCGGGAUGGAGAAACGAUGGAUGCGCAGGAGUUUGAGGAUGCAGCUGCGGCGCUCUUCAUCGCACGGGUUCGAACCGUCACAUGACCUGCUGUGUAAGACCUGGAGAUCCGCAGUUUGAGAGUUUGCCAUGCUUUCUAUUCGUUUAAUUAACUUACAUUGUAGUGCACAGGUCAAAGAUGAACAGUUUUUAAGCUUUAAGUCAAUAAAUAAAUAGUUAAAGUGCAUCUGAAAUAAAAAUUAACCAUAUUGAUUUUGUUAGCUCACAUUGCUGUGGUUAUAGCCAAUGCUGCUGAUAUGGCAUUACAACCUAAAUAAAUAAGUUAGCUCACAUUACUAGUUUUGUGGUGAACAAUUCAUCUGUGCAUGUCAUUAAAUGCAAUCAAUGGUUUGCUCUUGUAUUCAAGUUCGUGAAUCAGAUUAAAUCUCUGGAUGAACUGAUCUGAGAUCGCUGCGUGUGUUGUGAAGGACAGAUCUAUCGAUCAUCAUAAUCAUGAUCAGCAAUGCAACGAUUGGCUGACGGCACAGCAGCGUAAUGACAUCAUCUGAUUAAUAUUCAAUUAUCCAUGUGAGCAAAAUUACAUCAAAUUCAUAGUGAAUGGUUUGUUAAAUAUGAUACACAAUAACUUUACACAUUUAGCAAUUUAUUUAGUUUUACCUUUAACAGCAGAUUUUCUUUAUUACAGUAGCCUAGGCCUGUUCAGGUUUCUUAAUGACUUGCUGUCUAAAUUAAUUUAGCAUCAAAAAAGCAUUUAGAUAUCAGUAAAGGUGUCUGCAACUUUUGCGAAGCAUCAAAUCACCGUCAUAGCUGUCAAAACACAUGCAUGACUGCAUACAUUAUUAUUCCUUAAAACGAGAAUAUUGACCAUGUCUGUUAUCAUUCACAAAUUGUACUAAAGCUGGGUCGGUUUACCUUAAAAUAGUAAGUAUUUGUAUCUAAAAAAGUCCAUAUUAAUUAAUGUUCUCUCUGAACCUCUUGGGAAAAGAACACCCUCGUGACCCCGUUUUUGUACCAUUUUCCCCAGUAUUUGUAACCUAUAGGUAGGGCCAGAUGGAUUUUUAGCCCAUCGUUGAUUCUGUUUAUUUACUUGUGUAAAUAAAUCUGCGCAGAUAUAGCAAAAAAUGUCCGCAGUAUUUAGUUUUUUCACUGUUAAUGACAAGUUUGAAUAAGCAGGACAGGCUUUUACAUUGUAUUCGCAGCACUGAACAUGUUCCCAGAUUAUCUCGGAAGAACAAACUCUGUUGGAAAGAUGAGAGAACUCAGAAACUUGUUGUGAGAAUGAAGAUGUCUGCAUAUUUGUGCCAGUCUGUCAGAUAAAAUUAUUCAUAUUUUAGAAAAAGUAGUUAAAGUUUGCAUAACCAAUGAUUGAUCUUAUCCACCCGAGACGUACCCAUAAAUAAAUAUGCAGCCUAUUUUUUGAUUACCUGACUGGCACAUUAACAGCAGCUCCCAUUGAUAUAACCGAGAAAUGAUGUGCUUCUAUUAAUAAUAACUAGGCCCACAUGGAAUCUGUGCGCGCAGAAUUCAGUAGAUUUCUAGCCCAUCAUUAAUUCAGUUUAUUUACUUGAGUAAAUGUGUGUAAAUCUAUAUUUAUUCAGUUUUUAAAUCAAUUACAGUAAAAUUAUUGACUAAUAUGAAAAUAUUCAUCUGAUUUAUGUACAAUGCAGUGUGUACAGUAAUAUUCUCUGUCUUUUAGUAGAGAUAUUAUAUGAGAGACUUGCUUUGUUGACCAAAUAAAAUGAAUCUAAUUGGAUUUGCAUUUUAAACAUUAAAUAAAAGUUGAAAAGAGAUUAUUUUUAUUUCACAUAUUAAGGUUUUAGUUAUGAUACUCCCAAAAUAAUUCCACAGAUUUUUACCAAAAUUCUCAGCAGAAAUAGCAAAAAACAUCCGCAGAUUCUGUCUGGCCCUACCUAUAGGUUACUACUGUAAGAAAAUACAAGCAAUGGGAACAUAAUUUCAAUAUUACCUUUGCUUGAAAUGAGCCGAUGUAACCCUGUUUAUAUGAAAUAAGCUGCUGCUCCCGAGCAGAUUUGAGCUACCAGAACUGUUGCUAUGACAACAACUCUCGGAUGAGUUUUGAAGAACGAAUGUCAAAUCGUCAAUAACCAAAUCCAGCUAAACGAGUAAUCCAGGUACGAAGAACGCACCACAGGAGGAAGCGGGUCGCACACCAGAUGCGCCGCGACAUGGCACACACAUGACAGUUAAAAUUAUUGCACACCAGACGCAUCCAUUUGCAUGUUGUUUAAAAUGAAACUAUUCAGAUGGUGCUCUGUGGCAGAAUAUGAAGUAUGAACAGUGUCCUGAGUCGUAACUGGGUGAUGCAGACAGCCGCCGACUUGCAGCGCCAGUGUGCGUAUCCUGAUAGAAAUCGUUAGCUGCGUCCCAAAUCUCAUACUUGUGCACUAUUCUACGCCAUUUUAUAGUAUGAAUAGUGUAAGUAGUGCGUUCACACUGAAAACUCUAACAAUAAUAAGAGCACUUUAAUUACCCUAAUGAUGCACUCAUUCAGCCUGUAACAUGAAGUGUGUAAUGAUGGACACUUCACACACUCAACGGCCGCAGCUUUGCUCACGUAGCGGAAGGGGCGGAGCUAUCGGGCGCACAUGUUGGAUAACUUGAUUUAUUUUGGAUGGUGAAAGCAAAAUUCUCCUACGUGAGUGAUUAUAGCGCCUCCCGAUGGUGAAUGCAGUUAUACUCAUGGCAGGUAUUAUUUGAUAGUUUGGUUAUUUAUUUAACUGAUUUGGCAACCGUCAAACGUCAUCAGGGAAACGGUUUGAAUUUCCACUUAGUAAAAAAACAGUGCUCCAAUUUGGGACGACACUACGUACAUAUACUAUGCUGUUGAGUGUGUAAGUGCAUGAGUGCAUAGUGAGCCAUUUGAGACACAGCUUAUGUUUAGAAAUCUGAAAUGCGUGGUGCUUCGCUGCGCGGCGCAUCAGGUGUGUGACCCCCUGGAGUCUGUUAGGUUGUAAUAACUCUCCCCAUCGUUCUGAUUGAAAUGCCUACUUUACUACAUCCAAUCAGCUCGCAGUGGAAACACAAGCCAGACCCAUUGUUGUCUCAUUUAAUUCUUCGUUUCUCUAGGAACUGCAUCAUGAUGCAGAAAAAAGGUCUGAGCUGGUUCAUGCAGACGUUAAGGCCCAUUAAUACCAAUCAAGAAAUACAUAAUACAGCUCAAUGUCGUUUCCCAAUUUGCAUAAUAUCUGUUAGUGAUGUUCGACACCACAGUUUUACUUUCCGAUCCGAUACUGAGGAAAAUUCAGCCUUGUAUCAAUACCGAUGCUUAAUGCAAAUACACCUUAUGUGUCUAAUAAAUGUGAAGAAAAGUAGUGAAGUUCAAAUCAUAGCUUCAAAGUAUUUUAAACUUGGAGGUAUAUUGAGUUAGUGGUGUCAUUUACAAUAUAGCCGAGCCGAGAAAACAACAGACAAACCAAAAAGAGGAUACAAUCAUGUGGGAAACUAGUUUUUAAAAAAGAUGCCACAUGACCAGCCUGAUCUCACGAGAAAACAUAAGUAUUUUACGUUUUGUCAGUUUAGUGGAUAAUUCGUACAAAAUUGUACGAUUUUAAAAAGGAGGCGUGGCACCUAACCCCACCCCUAAACCUAACCGUCAUUGGGGGAAGAGCAAAUCGUACGAAAAUGUACGAAUUAGAUCGUACGAAUUUAUACGAAUUAGCCACUAAAUCAAAAAGUUACGAAUUGCCGUGAGAUUUUGUUGCACAUGACUGAAGAUAUUAAGUCUUGUUUUCUGCAUAUAUAAUCAGCGAGAAGUUCAUUAUGCCUGAAGCGAGAGUCUUUGUCGAAUGCACUGCAGUAAAUGAGCUUUACUUCUCUGUGGUUUUGAUGCUCGAGUGUUUUCAGUUCCUGUUUUCAGUGCUUUUCUGAAAGUGUGCUGAUUCCUCUUUCAGUCAUCAUAUCAGAAAACAUUCACCCACAUCUCAUGCGACACUGAGCGCUGAAACAUUUCACUUCAGCUUUUCUGAGAGACUUCAAAUCAUGUUCAAUUAUUUCCCAAGUCCACACUGAAAUCAAAACUAAACAUACCGGUGUUGUUCUUCGCUCACGUUGCUUGUUUUGUGCUAAACAGUUCAUCUCUGCAUGUCAUUAAGAACAAACACUAAUAGUUUGCCCUUGUAAUCUUUAACUGAAAUCUGAAAAUGCACUGUUUGUUUUUAGUUAAAUUCUCUGUCUGAGGUAUUGGGCGUGGCUAACAUGCUAAACCACGCCCCUCCAGCUGUCAGUUUUGACGUAAAACAGAAAUGGUAAGGAGGAGGAGUCUGUUAAGUUGUAAUAACCCUCCCCUAACCCUUUUUCCCAUCUAUCUGAAUGACACGCCUACUUUACUACAUCCAAUCAGCUCACAGUAGCAAAAACAAGCCACGCCCACUGUUUUCUCCUUUAAUAUUCCGUUUCUCUAGGAACUCUAGUUUUACUGAUUUCUGCACAAAUUAAUGGGUUUAUAAAUGAGAAUGUGCACUCAUUAAUCACUACAAUAAAACCUGGAACAUUAGAUAAGGAUGAGAUUUAGGAGAAUGGGAACUCUGAGAUUAAAAAUAUUAAAAUACUGUACGCUGUAAUAUUGAUUUGCAUACAAAUACUGAAAUAUUAUUGCUGCAUAUUUAAUAUGUCAGAUGAUCAGUGAUGUUCGAUGACUACUUUUUUUGUUGUAGUUUUUUUGCAUGUGUUUCCCCUCUAACAUUUGUAAUCUCACAUGAUGUAAUCAGCGUAAUAACUUGAGCUCAAAGUAAAAACAAUAAACAUGAGAUGCCUGAG